AUGGACGCAAUCGAGAACCUCCUAGCCUGGGCAAAGACCCAGGGCAUCACAAUAAACAACGUCGGCCCCAAAGCCCUCCCAGGCCGCGGCAUAGGCAUCGUCGCGACCUCACCCAUCAAAAAAGACGACCCAAUCCUCGACGUCCCGAUCCCGUGCCUGAAAACGAUCGCCACGGUCCCCAAAUCCAUAGCCCGCCUCUUCCCCAAAGACACCGCAGUCCACGCCCUCCUCGCAGCAGACAUCGCCCUCGACUCCUCCCCCUCCUUCGGGACCUGGUCCGCCGUCUUCCCCACCCCGGAGGACAUCUCCUCGUGCCCCCUGACCUGGCCGGCCCCCCUCGCCUCGCACCUCCCGCCGGCCGCCUCCUCGCUCCUGUCCGCCCAGCGCGAAAAGUUCGAGUCCCACUGGGCCCUCGCCUCCGCCGCCGCCCUCCCCGCCGAUCUCGGGUACGAGGCCUACCGCCACGCCUGGCUCCUCGUCAACUCGCGCACCUUCUACCACGUCACCCCGCGCACGGCCAAGCGCGACAAGGAGGACCACAUGAUCCUCCAGCCCGUGGCCGACCUCCUUAAUCACGCGUCGAGCGGCUGCGCCGUCGCCUUCGACAAGGAGUCCUUCACCAUCCGCGCGGAGAGGGACUACGCGCCGGGCGAGGAGAUACACAUUUGCUACGGGCGGCACAGCAACGACUUCCUCCUGGUCGAGUACGGAUUCGUGAUGGGGGCCGGGGAGAAUGAGUGGGACGAGGCGUGGCUCGACGACGCGGUCCUACCGAGGCUCGGGGCCGCGCACAGGAAGAGGCUUGAGGAGCGCGGGUUCCUGGGGAAGUAUGUAGUCGACACGGAGACGGUGUGUUACCGUACGCAGGUGGCGUUGCGGACGCUGGUGUUGCCGGCGAGGAAGUGGUUGAGGUUCGUGGACGGUUUUGAGGAUGGCGAGGCCGAGCAGGCUGAGGUUGAUGGGAUAUUGCGCGAGAUCCUAGCUGCGUAUGACGAGGAGAUCAGUGCAAAGAUUGAACUGGUGAGCGGGUUGAGGGAAGGGGAAGAGGUCCAAAGACAGAUGCUCGUGGCGCGGUGGAGACAGAUACAGGAGCUCGUCCGCGGGGCUUUGCAGAAACUCAAGACAUGA